UAAAGGGGUCAUAAAGCAAGUGUAUUCACUUUAAAGCCACUUUAAGGCUAGAGGUGUAAAUGGUCAAGGGGCUUGUCUGCGCAAUUGACCCGAGUAGCUAUUGCAGGGUAAAUUAUUCCACAAUAGCUGCUCGGGUGGAUGCUCUCACUUUGGAAUAGCUAGAAGUUUACAGAGGGGUUUGUUAGUUAAAUGUGUUAGUCUCUGAGGUGCCACAAGGACUCCUUGUUGUUCUAGCAGUUUAAAUUCACUCCCUGCCUUACAUUGGACUAGCUUCCCCAUGCAGACAAGACCUUUGUAUAAAACAGAAUCUCUCCCAUAGUAUUUUGUGCCCCCUUUGCACCAAUGCCAAUGAGAUCACAAGGUUCAGGGCCCCUUUAGACGCUCAUCAUUCCUGCAAAUUGCUGGUGAAACAGCCCUGUCCUGUCACAGCUGCUGGGUCCCUACUUUGAUAUGGUUGCUAAAGCUCCCCGGGCUGCAUGCACCACUGCAACUGCCACUUCACAGGAAGAGGGAUGGUUUUGGUUUCCCAUGUGGUUGAGGAAUAGAAAACACCCAGCCUCUGUGAAAACGGGGAAGGAGACCAGUCAACUUGCAUCAGAGGCAACAGGCAGCACCAGCGUGGAGACACAGCUCUGUCAGCUCAGCUCAGAAUGGAUUGUGCCAGCGACAGCAUUGGCCAACUGCCAGCCAUCCUGGAGUCUGACAGCGAGUCCUCUGAGGAUGAAGAAGUGGCUACGCAUGAGGUCCUCCACCAGGAGAGGGAUGAAGCUAAAGAGAAGCUGUCUGAGUUUGAGCAAGCAUCCCAGAGGCUGCUGGCCGAGCUCUCGGCGCUGGAGGUGGAGUAUGAAAUUGAAAUAUCAUGUCGCAAACAAGCCGAAGUCUAUGCAGCCCAGGUGAACAGGGAGAACAAAAAGCUGAAGCGGAUCAGCGUGGCCCUGCUCCCCAUGUUGAACCAGCUUCCCGAGGAUGUGCUGAGUCUGGCCACUGAAGUAGACUCCCCCUCUGACCCAAGUCAAGAUCCAGCAUAUCCAUAUCUGCAGCAGAUCAAAGAUUUGCAGGAAAAGGUUUCCAGGCUGCUGGGGGAGAAGAAGGAGCUCACCAUCCAAGUGCAGGAGCUGCAGAGCCAGAUCAGAGAGCUCAGGGAGCAGGUGGAAGAGGAGCGAGCAGAGAGGGGGUCCCUGCAGGCUGCAAUGGACUGGAGUCACAAGGCCCUGAAGAAGUACAAGAGAGUGUCCCAGCUGGUCACUCAGGAGUACAGCGAGGCCAUGCAGCAGCUGGAGCUGGAGCAGGACCUGAGGCAGCACGCAGAGACCUUUGCCCACAAGAUGCUGGUGAAGCAGAAGGAAGCCAACAGGCAGAGCAUGAUCCUGCUCCAGAACGUGGGACCCAACGCCCAGCUGCUCCAGGCCCUGGACGAGGUGGCUGGCCUGACUGGGAUGCUGGAGGAAGCCAAGCAGGAGCACCAGAAAAAGGUGAAGGGUCUGGAAGAGCAGCUAGAGGAGAGCCAGAAGGCUGGCGCAGUGCGAGCGGCCCUGGCUGCAGCCGAAGCAGAGAAGCUGGAGCUGGGGAAGCAGCUGCACCAGGCGGAGGAGAGGAACAUGGAGUUGGAGGGGAAAGUGACGUUACUAGAAGAGAAACUGGAGACGGCUGAAGUCCCGCCUUCUGAACCUGAUUCGCCAGAAGUGGCUCCUCCUCCGCCCCCGCCACCUCCACCACCUCUGCCACUGCCCGCAUCUUCCGCCCCCGUGGAUCCCCUUUUGAUGAUCAAGCAAAGGAAGGGGAUGCGGCAACAGAAACCCAGCAAACCUGCUACUGAUGACUUAAAAGCUCAAGCAGUGGAGGAAAUGAUGGCCAGGAUCAAGAGCGGGGUUGCCCUGAGAUCAGCAAAGGACAGGGCUGCUUUGUCCCAGGAUCGCUCAACAGCAGCCAGCAAACGCAAGAGCACCGUGAUGGAGCUGCAAGGGAUCCUGGGCACAAUGAAAAGGCCAGUCAGAAAACAGAGCUGGCAUAAACACAGCCAAAAGAUCAAUGACAACCAGCUGCAGUCCAUCCUCCAGAGACGGCGCAAACUGGUGGACUCCUCCACUCCUGCCCAGCCCUCGCUGCUGCAGGCGGAGCUCAGAAAAGAGGUGCAGAAUCAAGGUGACAGUGAAACUUGCAAAGCUGUGUCCAGCCCAUGCUCAAAGGAGAAUGCAGCUGUUGUCCAGUUAAGAGCAAGAUCCGUGCACCUUCAGAAAAGCAGGCAAAUGGCUCUCCUGAAUGAAGCAGAGGACAAGCCGGCACAGAGCGAGACUACCUGAAAACCAGCCAUCCUGUUGCACCACAGUACACUGCAUGCCGCCUGCUCUUGCACCCUGCCGAUGCUCUUUGCAGUACCUGCCCCACCCGCGUAUCUUUCAGUCACGCAAAUGUUCAGAGCAUGAGCUCAGCCUGAGGAUGCGGUUCUCGGAUCGCGCUUGUUAGCGCGAUGUGCAGCCAGAUACACAGCCUGCUUGCUUGCACAUACUAGCUUGCUCCACUUGCCUCAGUGGUUGCUGGGAGGUGCAGUCAGGAAUCUUAACACUGACAAGCUUCGUAUUGUGGUCCUAGAGUGGAUUUGUCAUUGGCCAGUGGAAAGUGGUUUUGUUGACAGUGGUUUGUAAAGAUCAUCACCUAGGGAUCAGAUUAUCCCAUUAGCUAGCUUCUCUUUCAACGGCCAAACAUAAUUUCACACUCUUCCUGAGGACCGAUGGACUGCAGAUAAGAAGGCUGCAGCUUAUGGGAGCGUCCAUUCGAGUCCAUUCUUUUCUAACUGAGCUCCUGUGACAAUAACAGAUCCAUCAAGAACAACAUUCAGCCCUGGCAAGGUGUCCUUCUUUAUCCUCCCCACUGGCAAGGUGGCGAUUUGUUUUCUUUCUAUGAAGAAGGUUAAUGUUGGAAGCAAAUUGUUUUGAUGCAUAUACACACAGAGAUUGCUCCAAAAUAUCAUGUGGUUCACAAUAAAACCUUGGUAACGGCACCUUCAAAAUUUGGAGAAGCUCAGAUCUGGAGCCAUGCAUUGGCACUCUGGCACAUCUCUAACUCUAAUGAUCAGAAGUGGAGUUGGGAGCUCCAGAUCAGUCCUUUAGAAGAGAAUUUCACUGGGGACCUUAACAGGACAUCUAUCUGUCAUGUUGUUGUGCUCAAAUCAGCCGUAAGUUGCAGUGUAAGUGCCUGGAUGGUGGAUUCGAUGAUGCAUUAAUGGGCAUUUACUUGUUUAGCUGCUGAGCUGAGCAUCUUAGGGGAUCUGAGUGUCCUUCUAAGAAGCCCCACAUUUGAAAUUUGAGCUCUGUACCUUUUAACUAAACAA